AUGAUUAAUGGGCCUAUUCCCGCCUCACUUGGUAGUCUCCCUCUUCUUAAGGAACUCAUACUCCGGAAUAACUUUCUGACGAGAAGGAUUCCUCCACGAAUCUCUCAACUUUCUAAGUUGAAAAUUCUGGAUCUAUCCUUCAAUCAGCUAAGUGGCAACAUACCUUCUCAUCUACAUGGGUUUUCUUCUCUGAGGAAACUUUAUCUCCAAUCCAACAAGUUGAAUGGUACAAUUCCUACUUCUAUUGGAGAUCUCCCUCAUGUACAACAGAUAGACCUGAGUUUUAACCGUCUGCAAGGUAGUUUUUCUCUUGGUGUUUUUGAAAAUACCCCCAAGCUUAUUCGCCUCUAUCUUUCACACAAUCAGCUAACUUUCCACCUUAGUUCAGGAUGGGAACCCCCAAUUUAUUUUCAGGUAUUACGCUUGGCCUCCUGUAAUAUUCGUGGUCCCAUUCCUACAUUUCUGUCCAAACAAAAGAGAUUAUUGGGUCUAGAUAUCUCCAACAACAGCUUUACUGGAGCAAUUCCAACUUGGUUUUGGGAUCUAAAUAUUACUAGCAAUCUUAACUUGUCUCACAAUAAUUUAGAAGGUCCACUUCCCCCUAAUUUGGAUAUUGGAUUGUACAUGACCCUAGACAUGCAACAUAAUAAGUUGAGUGGCUCUCUUCCCUCGCCGUCAAAAGCCUCACAGGCCCUGCAAACAUUGAACCUGUCUUAUAAUAAUUUCACUGGGACUAUCCCCAUCCAAAUUGGUAUCCUUCUUCCUAAGAUUCAGGUUCUGGGUCUGUCGAAUGACAAAUUAUCCGGCAAAAUACCAUCCACUAUAACAACUUGCACGCUUUUGAGAAGAUUGAAUCUAGCAAAAAAUGGUUUGGAAGGAGAUAUUCCCUCCACAAUGGGUGGGUUGUAUCAACUCUGGACACUGCACCUGAAUGACAAUAAGCUUAAGGGAGAACUGCCUUACAGUCUUUCCAACUGUUCAGAUUUGGAGAUCAUAGACAUUGGAAGCAAUUUUUUGUCUGGAGAAAUACCACAUUGGUUAUCAGGGCUUUCUCAGUUGAUGAUACUUGUGUUGAGGAAUAACCUUUUUGCAGGAUACAUUCCACCAGAACUAGCCUAUCUCUCUAAUCUCCAUGUUUUAGACUUGUCAGAGAACAACUUGAAUGGGUCCAUCCCACUAGAGUUGGAGAAAUUAGCAACAGGGAUGGUUCAAAGCAAGAGCUCAAAAGAACAGCCCUUGGAAGAAAAGCCCUCCUACUACAGAGAGGAAAUCCUUGUGACUAACAAAGAAAAUGAUUUGGUAUAUGUGGAUUCUAUCCUGCUACUUGUAACAUGUAUUGACCUAUCUAGAAAUCAGCUGUCAGGUAACAUUCCUUCAGAGAUUGGUGCACUUAGUGGUCUACGAAUCUUCAAUAUCUCCAGAAAUAAUCUAAGCGGAGAAAUUCCCCAUACAUUGGGAACGCUAGAGCUAAUAGAAUCAGUGGACCUUUCCUAUAAUAAUCUGCAAGGCAAGAUUCCAAUUGAAAUACAGGGACUUCAUUACCUGGUUGUUUUCAGCAUGUCUAACAACAAACUUUGUGGCAAAAUACCAACUGAAGGUCAAUUUUCCACAUUUAAGGUUGCCUAUUUCUAUGGUAACCCUUGUCUUUGUGGUUUUCUACUUGAUAUCAGAUGCCCAGAAUCACCAGCAACAGGGGAUAAUGAAGAGGAGGGAGAGGAGAAUGAAACAGGAUCCUUGGUAUUGGUAUGUUGGCUGUUUGGUCUGUUUUGCUGUUGGGUUUUGGGGAGUGUUUGCACUGCUGAGAGUAAAGACAUGGCGAACAAGAUACAACAUUAUCAUGGAUGA